UCUGAGUGUCAGAGACUUUUACUUUCACUUCCCUCUCCUUCUGCAGCAAUGGCGUCUGCUGAUCUGAGACAGGAGCUGGACUGUUCCAUCUGCCUGAACAUUUAUACAGAUCCUGUAACCCUGAGAUGUGGCCACAACUUCUGCCGGGGCUGUAUUGAUCGUGUGCUGGAUACACAGGAGGGGGCUGGAGCUUAUACCUGUCCUGACUGCAGAGCAGAGUGUCAGGAGCGUCCUGCACUGAUACGGAACAUUCCUCUGUGUAACAUAGUGGGGAGGUUCCUGUCUACUCGGCCAGAUCAGGAGGAGACUGGGAUCUUCUGCACUUACUGCAUUCACUCUCCUGUACCUGCUGCUAAAUCCUGUCUGAUGUGUGAGGCUUCUCUGUGUGAUAAACACCUGAGAGUACACAGCAAGUCAGCAGAACACGUCUUAUGUGAUCCCACCACUGCCCUGGGGAACAGGAAAUGCUCCGUCCAUAAGAAGAUCCUGGAGUAUUACUGCACUGAGGACGCUGCCUGUAUCUGUGUCUCCUGCUGUCUGAUCGGGGAGCACAGAGGACAUCAUAUGCAGUCACUGGAUGAGGCCUCUGAGAAGAAGAAGGAGAAGCUGAGGAAUGUUCUGCAGAAACUGACCACAAAGAGAGCGGAUACUGAGAAAAGAGUCGAGAGUCUGCAGGAGCGCAAGAGAGAAGAUCAGGAAAAAGCAGCUUGUGUAACAGAGACAGUCACUGCCCUGUUUAGAGACAUCAGGAGACAGCUGGAAGACCUAGAGAAGAGAGUCCUGAGUGAGAUCUCCAGGCAGGAACAGCGCGUUUCAACCUCAGUCUCUAAUCUGAUCCAGCAGCUGGAAAUAAAGAAGGACGAGCUGUCCAGGAAGAUGUGUCACAUUGAGGAGCUGUGUAACAUGUCUGAUCCACUGACUGUCUUACAGGAACCAGACACAGGGGACUUGUGUGAUACUGAGGACACAGAGACGCAUGAUAACCAGGUCCAUGGUGCAGGAGAUCUGGAUGUGGGUCUCAUCUCAGGGACAUUACACACAUUAUCUGAUAAAAUAACAGGUAUAAAUACAGGUAUUUAUGUGAAGGAACGUGCAGAUCUAUUACUAAAUGCAAACAUACGUAUUUCAAAGAAGUUUCCUCGGAUCAGGCACAGGGGGCAUUUGUCCCUCUCAGCAGCUCAACCGAGCUGGGGCACUCGAGCAUAUCUGGGCCUAGAUAAUUAGAACCCAACCCAGGACACCCCUCACUGGAUGUAACCACAGCUGUAAUUAUGUACAGAUAUCAGGUGACAGGAAACCUGCAUCUAGGUCAGAUGUAAACCAGAAUCACCCAGUAACACCAGAGAGAUUUCAGUGUGAUUAGGUAAUAAGCACCAGGAGAUUCUCCUUAAGGUGUGUACACACGGUGAGAUAAAUCUGCAAGAUUUUGACUAUAUAGUCAAAAUCUUUUUUUUUUUAGAUAAAUUCAUUAUUUUCAAUUUUAAAUCUGUAAGGAAAAUACAAACAAUGUAUAUAAAAUGCAAGCCUCACAAAACAUAUAAAGUAUACGAAUACAAAAAAGUGGGCUUACAUCGAACAAAAACAAGAGGAGAACGAAAACAUUCACAUACAAAUUCUAUAGUCAAAAUCUUAUGAAAAGUUAGUGCACAUCUCAAGGUAUUAGGCAGCUUGCGAUAUUCAAUCCCGAUGCGCGAUCCCGUAGGGCUAGAUAGACUGUGCAGUCAAGUCAAUCUUGACUAUCUAGUGUACUAUCUAGUAUGAUAAAGAUGGAAGCCAUACUUGUUCAUAGACUCCAUAUGUAAUUGACAUCUGAUAAUCUGUUUCAAAUUGUUUUCAGCUUAGUGCUGAUACAGGAAAAAGUGCAAGGUGUUGUACCUUGUUUAAACCCAUAUUGUGAAGUUAUGACCUUUAUCUAAGAUAUAUUUCAUGGUAAUUUCCUAGCAGAAAUAUAAUGUCAGCAGCUAGACAUGUAAGAUUCAAAGGGUAUUUGUCAGUUUGCGGUAUAGCAGGUGUGAAAACAUAACCAGACAAAUGUAUGUCUCAAGCUUAGCAAAAAACCCCAGUUACCCCACUUAAAAGCACAUAUAGGAAUUUUAGACGAUACUAAGCAUAUUACGUAUAAAAUAGGAGUUGAUUAACCAAUAGGAUUAAGAAAGUAUGUUAACCAAUAGAAUUAAAGAUGUUAUUAACCAAUAGGAUUAAGCUUUGUGUAAGGAAAUUACGACACUGUAUGCAAAUGUGUAUUUCUUUAUAACAUACUGCUUUCAGGAAAUAAAAACUGCGCUGUUACUUUUACUAAA